CGCUGGACCAGCGCGGCGAGAGCCGGGGUCCCAAGCCUGCGCUGCCGCCCUUCGCCUGCUCCCGCGGCUCCUCCCUCCUCUCGAGCUUCUCCCCGUGCGGCCGCGCGGGAGGGAGGCCGAGAUGGCAGAUGAGAUCGCCAAGGCUCAGGCCGCUCGGCCUGGUGGGGACACGAUCUUCGGGAAGAUCAUUCGCAAGGAAAUCCCAGCCAAAAUCAUUUUUGAGGAUGACCAGUGCCUUGCUUUCCAUGACAUUUCCCCUCAAGCGCCAACACAUUUUCUGGUGAUACCCAAGAAACAUAUAUCCCAGAUUUCUGUAGCAGAAGAUGAUGAUGAAAGUCUUCUUGGACAUUUAAUGAUUGUUGGCAAGAAAUGUGCUGCUGAUCUGGGCCUGAAGAAAGGUUACCGAAUGGUGGUGAAUGAAGGUUCAGAUGGGGGACAGUCUGUCUAUCAUGUUCAUCUCCAUGUUCUUGGAGGUCGGCAGAUGAAUUGGCCUCCUGGUUAAGCAUGUUUUAGGGAUAAUUUUCCCUUGUCUAGUCAGUGAUCAAAUUUGCAAGUUCCAAUAUGUUAAACGGUAUCCUUAUUUUUGCCUGUGUAUGGAGAGAUUGAGAAAUAAUUUAAAAAACCCAUACACAAUAAAAGAUGCUGUUGCAUGGUUUACAGUC